AUGGAGCAGCACACAUUCCGCCGCCGAGGCCUCGGUCUCCGCGGAAUCGACGCCGAGCGCGUCUCUCCAGGCUACUCUCAACAACAGGCAAAGAAGUGCACCGUUGGACCCUCCCCCCACCGUGCCGGCCGGCACGCCCGCAUCCUCGCCGACGGCAACCUCGCCUACAACGGCGCACACCCAGAUGCUCCCAACCUCUUCCCAAUGUGGGCGAAGUACCGGGGCGGCAUAAUGAUGCAAGUGAGCCAAGACGGCAAGAUCCUCCGCCAAUACAGCGACCCGCUCGCACACCACGACCAAAACCACCUCGACGACAGCACAAUCCUGUACACGACGCUUGAGCCACUCACCAGCGCCGAAGCAGCGCGCGUUCAAGGCGGAAUCCCAUCCACCGAAGCCGCAAACGGCGCCAUCUACGGCGACUGCAUAAAACUCGUCCAGCCCUGGUCAACAAGCACCACCUCCUCCUCCGCAGACUUCGACGGCAGCGGCGGUCAAACCGGCGCCAAGCUCCUCUGGUCAUGGCGCGCAAUCGACCACCUAGAUCCUGCUGUCUUUGCUGCGCAUGAGCACUACACGCGCGAGCACUGGCCACUCAUCAAUAGCGUUUCGUUUGAUUCGGCCGGGGAUAUCAUUGCUUCGUCGAGGAAUGCGUCGAGUGUUUUUGGUAUUAGUCGUGCUACGGGUGUGGUGAAAUGGCAUCUUGGUGCGCCGGUUGUUAGCCAGCAGCAUUGUGCCCAUGAGAUCAAUGAGGUGGGGGAUAUGUUGAUUUUUGAUAAUGGUGUUUUCAGGACUGGGGGUUCGGUUCCGUUUUCGAGGGCGAUUGUUGUUUCAAAGGAAGGGGUUGUUAAGUGGGAGUAUAAGGAUUUUUCCACAGGAGGUUUAGGGUUCUUUACGCCGUUUAUGGGGUCUGCGCAGAAGUUGGUUGGGGGGAAUGUUUUGGUCUGUGAGGCUGCUAGUGGGCGGGUUAUGGAGGUUACUGAAGGGGGUGAGGUUGUUUGGGAGUUUGUUGUGCCGCAGAUGGAAAAUUAUAAGGUUAUGAAGAAAGAGGAGUUGAAGGAGAUGGAGGCGAUUGGGUUUGAUUAUCUUAGCAAUGCCGUGUUUAGGGCUUAUAAGUAUCGUCCUGAGGAGGUGCCUUGGGUUAAAGAAUAG